UUACAAAUCGUUUAGCUUUUUUUACACGUUUGUGUUCGAAUCGAAGUCCCAUUACAUUUAUUGUACUUUCUAUUUGUAGAUAAAAACGAAAAUAGCAUCAAUGGCUUACCGGUUAUUGAAGCUGGUAAAGUGCGAUAUAUGAGUGGACAAAUAGUUAAUAAAGUGCCAUUUAUAACAGUUAAGAAGUAGUGAACGUAAAACGAUGACGCGAAUGUUAAUAUUAGGUAUAAUUUACCUAUUUUUACUAAAAAGAGCCACAGGCCUAGGUGAAAUAAUUUACGCUAUAAAUGCCGGUGGGCCAGCCCAUACAGAUAUUCACGGUAUUUAUUACGAAAAAGAUCCAUUACAAGGAAGAGUUGGCACUGCUUCUGAUUAUGGAAAACAGCUCGUAAUGAUCCGUAGAGUAAACCCGAAAGAUGAAAUACUAUACCAAACUGAAAGGUAUCAUCACAGUACUUUCGGGUAUGAUAUACCGGCAAAGGCAGAUGGUGAUUACGUUUUAGUCUUAAAAUUUAGUGAGGUGUACUUCAACGCGCCUAACAUGAAAGUAUUUGAUGUGGUGUUAAAUGGAGACCAUACGAUUGUAGCUGACUUGGACAUAUUUGACAAAGUGGGACGUGGUGUGGCACAUGAUGAAUACAUACCAUAUACCAUUCGAAAUGGAAAACUGUACUAUAAUGAAGAAGAAUCGGAUAUAAGAGGAGGUAAAAUAAAAGUAGAAUUUAUUAAGGGUUACCGGGAUAAUCCAAAAAUCAAUGCACUUUAUGUUAUGAGAGGGAGGUUAGAUGAGGUCCCAAAACUUCCUCCUUUAGAGUGGCCGGAAAAUGACAUUGAAGAGAUAAAAGAAGAAGUUGAGGAGACAAGUUCAAAGUCACGGAGAGCCAGUGGUCCCAAACAACCUGACCCAUAUGCAAUGGAAACAUCUGUUUUAAUACCAGUAUUCAUAACCAUGGCUGCUUUUAUUCCCUUGUUGUUUUGUCUAUGUAAAUUAUAAUUGUUUGUCAAAGAGAGUGAAUAUUGUGUGUGUGUAUUGUUCUUUAGCUCAAUCAACCCUCAUCUGCACUCUCAUUGCUGGUGCCUACUGUUAUUAGUACUUAACAAUUUUUGUUUUUCAUAUUCAUUAUUGCCCACAAUUCUACUACUCAAUAUACAAAUUUUAUUAUUUUGCAGUAGGUUGUGAAAAGUAUCUUUAAUUUCAGUACCUAGCACACCGCAGUCUAGAGGGUUAAAAAAAACUAUGGAAUUUAUUAACUUCAAUUUAUACAGUCAAUUCAACAAGCUGAAAUAGAUUAUUUUAUUGAUAUACUUAAAUUUACCAAAUGAC